AGUCAGUGUGAGAACAGACACGCCACAGAAAAUGACCCCCAAGGUUCGGUUGAUGAGCGAGCUAUGGUAACAAAUUGCAGAGUGUUAAGGGGAAAUUACGUAAGCAAGAUGAAACGGCUGGAAAGUGAGUCCAACAAUGAUAUCAGUGCAUGCAAGAUUACUGAACAAACAUUUUGAUGGUUGAUGAAGGGAAGAAAUCUUGCAGAGAGGGAAAAGAAUGAGACCAUUUCCCACAAUGGCUGCAACGGAAAUUAUAAGAUCAAUGACGAAACAAACAAAAUAAGACUUCGAUCACAUACGCCCGUGAAGCAACGAAAUUGAUCAAUUCUUGUUUGGUUUGUAUUUUCCGUCAGGUUCUCCAUGUUAUUUUAUAGCAGUUACCACUCUUUCACCGCUAAAGGCGUUGAGAACUCUCCUCUUGAACACCACACUGAACAUCCAAAGAACGAAUCUAGUUUCCAAAAUGAGCAGGUGGUGAUAUUUAAGUCUCUCUAGCCAUAUAAGACUUUCGACUGCAGAAGGGGGGUUUUCUAUAUUCAAGAAAAACAAAGUUGAAGCGUUUUCGGUCAAUAUCAUUUUGUUUUCUUUUCCUAUGUUGAUUUUCCAAUAUUUCCUGUGGCUUAUUUUUUCAUUUUUACUUCAAAAGAAGCAUGGAGAGAAUUGUUUGUAUUCAGCUGGCUAUUUGCGGUGGUAACACUGUUUUUCCGCACACCACAGCCUACUCGUUUCAAAGCAAAUUUCAUUAAUUUUAAAGUUGUGUUUUCUCUUCAGUUCUUAAUUGAAUUCAUGCAGAGGAAAAAGUGAUAUCGAGCUAAGAUUUUCACGAAUAUUUUUCAGCCUUGCGCUUAUGUUUUUCGCCAAGUUAAAGAUUACCUCUACUCACUAACAUAUUUUGACGUGCCGGCAAAUUGGCUCUCGCUAAUGAGUUCUGAAUUUUGGGAACACGCGCGGCAAAGUAAUCAAUUUUUCUGUUAUGAAUAAACGGAAACUAGCAUACGGCAGCCAGUUUACGUUCUCAACUCAGUUGAUAACAUUAGCUCUUUCGUGUUUUAUUCAUAUUCUUCAAAUUUUUUAUCAUGUUUAGUGAGCGGGGUGCCACAUUUAUUUAACAUACUAAAUGACGUAGAAUCUGUGAAUUAUUUUUCGCCGAUAAUUUGUAGAGCUUCCUUAACAAGUCAGGUUUUCUUUUCAGUUCCUGACUCAUGUGUGUCUUUGCCCUUCUUAGCCAUGCUCGUUUUGUUUUAAGGUAACAUAUCUGUGGUUCCUUCAUGAUAAGCAAAUGCUUUUUAGAUGAAAAAAAAUACAUAAUAUACUAAUGUUAAGGAACAUCGUGGUCCAUUCUCAUAAAUAAGGAAUUCUUGAACUACAAACCACAACAAAACGCUAUGAUUGUCUUCUUUACUGCAAUUCUCACUUCUCUGAACUUCCAGCACUAAAGAAAGAGAUUCCAAUUUAAUUUAAAAACAAGUCUAAUUAUAGCUGUGACAUUUGUCGUCGGAAAAUCAGACAACGGGAGGAAUUUUUUAUCCAAUAGAAACUGUUAAAAUUCUCAACAAAACAAUAAUACUCUUAUAUCGAUUACGGAUCGCCCAAUAAACGUUCAUUUGCUGCCAAAAGAGGGAAAGACAGAGCCACAAGUCUGAACGUGAGCGCCAAUGGCGACCCUCACAAGCCAGUUAUCUUCACAAUUACCAAUUGGAGUAGUAGCAUUUCUCCUCGUUUUCAACAUUGUCUUCUCCUUCACUGCAUCUCUUGGUAAUGCUCUGCUUCUAUUAACAUUUUAUAAAGCGUCCUCUUUGCAUCCCGCUGCAAAGGUCUUGUUUGAAUGUCUAGCCGCUACCGAUCUUUGUGUGGGUCUUUUUUCACAACCUCUGUUCGUGACUGUUUUAUUUCUUUACAUUGAUCUUGGUAACACCGACAUAGAUAUUUUGUAUUACGUCGAAGAGGUUGUUUGUAUAUCCAACUAUGUUUUGUUUGGAGUGAAUGUACUGAUAUCAACAGCCAUCAGUGUUGACAGACUUCUUGUUCUGUUAUUGAGGCUGAGAUACAGACAAGUUGUGACACUAAAGCGAACUCAAACUGUUGUACUUUUAUGCUGGAUAAUUGCUGUUUUAUGCGGAUUGGUUCGUGUCUGGAGUCAAACGGUUUCGGAAAUUGUUGCUUUUGUGGCCGUCGUGGUAUCUCUGGUUACUUCCGUGUUUUGCUACGUAAAGAUCCACCUGAGAUUACAGCGGUACCAGGCUGAAGUAGAAGACAACCCUGGCGAAGGACGGUCAAACGCAGGAGAAGAUAUAGGAGUAGGAAAAGAUGAAGCAGGCGCAAUAACGGGGACAAGAAUAGCCACAGAAGAAGGAGCAGGAGUAAAAGGUACAGGAAGGGGAAGAGUACGUGCAUGGACAGCAAAAGGUUCAUCAAAACAAAGAUUAAACGGGAGAGUUCAAUUAAACAUCAAACAAUAUCAGAAAACAGUUUCCAGCAUAUUUUGGGUGUAGUUGGCUUUAGUGGCAUGCUACAUCCCUUUUAUAAUUGUGUCGAUAUUGAGACAUGCAGUACUUAGUGGAUCAGUAGUUCAUGCUCUGUGGCUCUUUACGAAAACUUUAGUUUAUCUGAACUCAUCUCUGAAUCCCUUUCUUUACUGUUGGAAAAUCGCAGAAGUGAGAAAGGCAGUAAAGGACACAGCCAUGGGGUUUUGUUGUUCGUGA